AUGAAGGCGCCAACACAUGAUAUGAACCCGGCCAAGAAGCUGUUGAAUGGGAAGGUGCCAACCAGCAAGCAGUACAGAAACUGCAAUGCACCGGUUAGCAAGAUGUAGAAAAGGUACGCGUCGACCACUUUCAAUUUAUUUGAUGUUUUGGUCGUGUAUUCCUCCAGGAACCGAGAAAUAACUGAAAUUACCGAGUUGGACAUGUUUUCUUAUGAACAAAAAGCCCCAAAAGGUGCAGAGAGAAUCAAAAUGUAUAUCGAAUACGCUUCCGUCUGACGCGGCACAAAAAUGACGUGUCACUGAAACUGGUGUAACAAUAACAACAUUCCCUCCUGCACAUAUAAUCCACUGUACAGUAGUUCCAUGUUACUAAACUUUGAUUCUACGUGUUAUUGAUGUAUAUUAAACACUGACUAUGUCCCUUUAUGCCCUCUGUUUGCGAUAACGAUACAACCAAAGUAAGUUAGUGGAAAUAAUUAAGAAAAGUGAGCACUUUGGUUUGAUAACAGUUUUGCAUGGUAGACACUAAAGAUUUAGUAUUUUGUUUUUAUGAAUUGGUCAAUUCUAGUGGCAAGUUGAUUUAUGCUGUUGAUCAUAAAGUGUGUGUAUCUGUCCUCUCUGUAAGUCAGUAUCUGGGUGGGGAUGGUGGCCCUCAUGGUGCCCAACCUCUAUGACCAUUCUGAAGAGCACAGAAGCCAAUAUCUAAUUUGUCUGAAAGCAUUUCAAAGGUACCCACUAGUCCUGACUUGACUAUUUGAUUUUGCCACAUUGUAUCACCUGUACUUCUUGUUGUCUCACCUCCCUGCCUCUCCUUUUCCGAGACUCAAAAUGAUCUGUGGGCUUGUUUUGUGUCCCUGCCCAAUCAGGACCUUAUCUGGACCCUAAAUGUCACCAACAGGAACCAGUUAAAUGCUCUGAAGCCUGGUACUGUCUCUCCCCUUCUCUAUAGUGUUUUUGUCAGUCAGUACCAAAAACUCACUAUUCCAGUGGAGUGGACAUACUUUUUGUGGACAUCCUUUUUGUACUACAUUGAGUCCGCCUAACCAUUUCCCUUUUCCUCCUCUCUUCCAGUUGCACAGACACCUCUUGUCGAAGGUGCAUGGUAUGGAUUUGGGGGAGGGGUAGGGUUAUGGAUACGUAACCUAGACCCCCUCUGUUGCUCUCAACCACUCUUUAUGUUUGACUUGCUGGGUUUCGGACGGAGCUCCAGACCCCAAAUUCCCCAUGGACUCAGCAAUGGCUGAGGAGCAGUCAGUUAGCACUGAAGGCAUGAUCCUAUUGGGUCACAGUCUGGGCGGCUAAUUAGCAACAUCCUAUGCCAUUCAAUACCCUGAGAAGUUUACAUUGACACACUCUUUAGUGGCUAAUCUUUAGCUUUAUGAAAAGCAUAUGAACUUGGAGUAACAUGGCUCAUUCUUCCUUUCCCUAUCCAAGUCAGUCACCUGAUUCUUGUUGACCCCUGGGGCUUCCAGCCCAUGCCUGUGGAUGCAACCUCAGGAUCGACCAGACCAGGCUGCCCUUGCUGGGUAGAGGCCCUAAUAGCCUUUUCCACUCUCUUCAACCCACUGGCAUUGAUCCGAGCCGCAGGACCUUGG